AUGGAUCAAGAAAUAUACCUGUUGGAGUAUUGGGUGACUAGGUAUUCUGUACAGAGUCCCCUUAUAGUUAGUAUAGUUGACAGACAGCACACGGAAAGAAUGUUUAGACUAACACGAGUUCCUCCUCUGUUGCUUCUAGUUCCUGUUUCUUUGGCACUCUUCCUUCCUGAUAUGCAUGCAAUGCCUUCUCAUGCUGAGAAAACGUCGGAAGUUAUAGGCUUCAGAACUUAUUCAGAUGAUAGCUAG